AUGAUGUCCCAUCAGCAGAUUGUUGCGGAACUUCGUAGUGGAUUUGAUUCAGGUGCCCUUAUGCAAUCUGAGGAUAGAAAGAAGGCUCUACGUAAUUUGCAUGCCCUUUUGGAAGAGAAUGAAGUCCAAUUGGUAGCGGCACUAUAUGAAGACCUUAAAAAGCCUAGACAAGAAUCACUUGGUUGCGAAGUAUUCAUCGCCAAGUAUGAGAUUUCAGAGGCAAUAAAAAACUUGGACUAUUGGAUUCAAGAUAGCAAGGUAUUUUAUAUAUUUCUAUUAUUUAAAAUAAGUUACCUCCUAAGUGGAUCAAAUACGGUUUUUCUUUAUUUCUUUAAUGCGAAUUAUAUUUUGUUUAUUUAA